GGGAGCUUGCAAGUGGAAGGCCCUAAUCUUGUUGUGUGUGGUGGCAGCAGCUGCAGCUUGCAAUCCUACCCCACUCUCCCACCUAAAUACUAGGGGUUAUAAAUAAGGGAGAGGAAUUUCCUCGCCUGCUAAGGGACCAACCAGGGCAGCCAGGCCCAAAGCCCAGUGCAUGCUCCCAGUGCCUGGCAGCCAUGCCAGGAUUCUUUAUGUUGCUGCCCAGCAGCAGGCUGCCUGGAACUCUCCUUGGGAGGCUGUUGGUGCGGGUCUGGGGCGGCUGCCUCCUCCCACUGCCGAACGGGGGAAGGCAGGGCACGGGCAGGGAAGGCAGGGUCCCCAGCAGCAGGGUGCCUGCACACUGGGUGUUUGCCAGGGGCUUCCGCAGCUGGGCAGCGGCUCCUCCCUUGGCUAUGGCGGCCAAGGUGGAUCUGACCACCUCCACUGACUGGAAGGAGGCUAAAUCAUUUCUGAAAGGCCUGAACAACAAGCAGAGGCGAGAUCAUUAUUACACCAAGGACUUCAUCAAAUUGAAGCAAAUACCUACAUGGAAGGAAAUGGCCAAGAGUGCCCGGGUUAAGCAACCUGAAGAAACCAUCUUCCCAAAGGACAACCACCUGAAUGAGAAGAUCUCCCUCUUCCGUGGAGACAUUACCAAGCUGGAGGUGGAUGCAGUUGUCAAUGCUGCGAACAGUUCCCUGCUGGGCGGAGGCGGUGUGGACGGCUGCAUCCACCGUGCCGCAGGCCCUUUGCUCAAAGAGGAAUGCCGAGCCCUGAAUGGAUGCGAGACCGGGAAGGCCAAAAUCAGCUGUGGCUACCGUCUCCCAGCGAAAUACGUCAUUCACACAGUGGGGCCCAUUGCCCAAGGGGAACCCAGCGCUACGCAGGAGACGGAGCUCAGCAAUUGCUACAGAAACAGCCUGCGCCUGGCUGUGGAGAACAAGCUGCGGACCGUGGCCUUCCCCUGCAUUUCAACAGGUGUAUUCGGCUACCCCAACGAUGCUGCCGCCGAGGUGGUGCUCAACACAUUGCACAAGUGGCUAGAGGACAACAAGGAGAAGGUUGACCGACUCAUCCUCUGCGUCUUCUUGGAGAAGGACGAUGAGAUCUACAAGGAGAAGCUGCCCCAGUUCUUCCCCAUCGCUUGACUGCAGUUCUGGCCCUCGGAUGGGGCAGACGCCUGCGAGGGCCUCCACUCCCAGCUCUGAGCUGGCCGGCGCGGAACAGCCCACCCUCACAAGCCAACACCUCGGAGAAGACGCCGUCUACGCAUGCGCACGUGCCUGGGGAAAGGGGCAGGGGAGCUGGGGAUGCGGCUGCAAUAAACGGUGCCAAGCCAACUCGGUUUCAGGCUGCCAUCCGAGGA